AUGGCGCCAGGCGAAGGACAGCAAUGCUUCUCCGAGCUCCUCCGCUGCCACAAAGAACUCGCCGGCUCCGUUGAGGCCUUGAACCGGACCCAUGGCGGCAUCAAAGCCGCCCUCGAGAGGAUGCCAAGCCUCUGGCCCGAGCUCGGUCCGCUGGAGGACCUGCCGCGCGCAGAGUUGGCUGUGUCCUCGCCCUCCCAUGUCACGAGCAAGGUCGAGAUCGAGGAAAAGUUCCAGCUGACCAAGGAGGGAGUGCCGACACUGACCAAGAAUUUGAACGCCCGCAAGACCCCGUUUGCGAAGAUUCGAACAACGGGGACGGUCUCCUUGGGCAAGUCAGGCGUCCGGCUCCUGGACGACUGGAGCGAGAGCUUCGUCAUCUGCGAGCAG